AUGUCUGAGCAUGGCGAGCAGAUGUACCGUCUGAGUGACAAGCAUCCCAGUAUACCAAAGGAAGAAGAUAGGGACGCUUUCGUGAGCACCAGAAACUCGUCCCUCGCAAGUGCCUUGUACAUACCGCCAAAGAAGGCCAUUUCGCAAAUUGUGCACGCUGUGCGCCUGCCGCUCGAGCAAGGAAAUGGGAGACUUGUAGUGCAAAUUCCACAGGGUCCCAGCCUCGCCUUCCGCAAACGCUCGAGCCCCGCGUGCAGUAGCCAAGAGGAGACGCCCAUCCUCUUCACAAGGCCGUCGAAUGCCCAGAUUCAUUGCAAGCAGCAAGGUAUCGGAGAAAAUAAUUCACCGCGGGAAUUCUACGCAGUAGCAGUUGUGGAGGAACUCAGAACCGAGAUCCAAUUGAAGAACAUUCGACGGCGGAGAAUCAGACAAUCUAGUAAUACGGUUGUCAGCCCAUGA